AUGCGGAGCGCGCCGAGUCGGUGCGCGGUAGCCCGCGCGCUGGUCCUAGCCGGCCUUUGGCUGGCCGCAGCCGGGCGACCCCUAGCCUUCUCGGACGCCGGGCCGCACGUGCACUACGGCUGGGGUGAGCCCAUCCGCCUACGGCACCUGUACACCGCCGGCCCCCACGGCCUCUCCAGCUGCUUCCUGCGCAUCCGUGCCGACGGCGGGGUUGACUGCGCGCGGGGCCAGAGCGCGCACAGUUUGGUGGAGAUCCGGGCAGUCGCUCUGCGGACGGUGGCCAUCAAGGGCGUGUACAGCGACCGCUAUCUCUGCAUGGGUGCGGACGGCAGGAUGCAAGGGCUGGCUCAGUACUCCGCCGGAGACUGUGCUUUCGAGGAAGAGAUCCGCCCCGACGGCUACAACGUGUACCGGUCCAAGAAGCACCGUCUCCCCGUCUCCCUGAGCAGUGCGAAACAAAGGCAGCUGUACAAGGACCGGGGCUUUCUGCCCUUGUCCCAUUUCUUGCCCAUGCUGCCCGGGAGCCUGGCAGAGCCCAGGGACCUCCAGGACCAUGUGGAGGCUGAUGGGUUUUCUACCCCCCUAGAAACAGACAGCAUGGACCCUUUUGGGAUUGCCACCAAAAUGGGACUAGUGAAGAGUCCCAGCUUCCAAAAAUGA